UUAGAUGGACGCGGCCGACAACUUCUCCCUCCGCUCCUGUUUAAUCGCCGCCGGAGCCACCGCUCUUUGCUGCCUCUGCGCCGCUUGGGUGCUCCGGUUGCGCGCUGGGUGGAAGGAGAAGCAGCGCAUGGAGGUGGGCGAAAAGGUUGCGGAGGCAGGCGGGUCGAUGAUAGAGCAGCUGGCGCCGGAUAUCACCACGCACGCGCUCAGCUACCUCGACUAUGCCAGUCUUUGCCGGUUCUCUAUGACAAACUCCGUGAUGAGGAAGGCUGCCAACGACGAUGUCGCCUGGAAGGCCCUCUAUUACAAGGACUUCAAUGUUGAACAAGAGAUCGUUACUCCGACAAAUGGAUGGAAGGCUUGCUAUGCUGUCACAAAAGCUAUUUUGGAUGUGAAUGCAAGAUUCUACAAUAUAGUCAGAGUGGGCUCGCUUCAGGAAAUGAGUUGUCUAUGGUUGAAUGCGAACCAUGUAAAAUGCAUAUAUGAACCUGGAGGAGUAUUCACAGGGUAUGAUGCGGUAAUGGAUAGAUGGGAUUUGAUAAUCAACUGGGGGAGUCUAGAUGGUGUUAGACGACCGAUUGAUGUCCGAAUAAAGAAUGUGAGAGCUCGUAUUCUCGAAGGCGAGGCAUGGGUCACCUUGGACACUUACACGAACUGGAACUUUGUGACGUUCCGCGAGACCAAUGUGUAUGAGUUCCACAACGGCCAGUGGUUCAUCGUUUAUCAUUCAUCAAUCAUCUCAUCUCAGUAAUGAUGCAAGAAGAUCGACAGAACAAAUUUGGCUGAAGCCCAUCGAAAAAGCAAUACAUUGGCACAAGGAGGCUAGAACUCAUCCUUUUUCA